AUGACCACUCAACACGACUACCUCAAUUUCGUCCUUGAAACGCUACAAGGACACGGGGGUCUCUCGACUACGGUGCGUGGAGUGGCUCGACAAACGGCUUCGGCGGCGGCAGGAACAGCAGCCGGUGGAUUAUUAGCCGGACCGGCGGGAGCUCUCAUUGGAGGAAUCAUCGGCGGCCUAUAUGGAUAUUUGACAACAGAAGAAUAUGCGAGUUUGUUCACGUUCUACCAAAGUUUGGCCGCCGAGGAUCGAAAAAAAAGAGCGGUAGGAGGGACAUCGAUCAAUGAUUUUACGAGUUGGGUCACAAGAAGUGGAAAUCGAGAGCUUUUGGUGACGCUUCUUAUGGAGUUGAUGCGACAAGGAAUCACAUCGUGGUCUUCAUCAGACGAGCAAUCCUAUGCGUCAACUUCAUCGACAAGACAUCGAGGACAAGCGAGAUCGACCCGGAAUGCCAGUUCUCCCGAGCCAAGCGCCCCACCAUACGGAUUCGCCGACCCACCGCCACCAUAUAAGCCU